AUGCACCAGGAUGACACAAUCGUCGGCGGCCUGGAGAUCAGAGCCUGGAUCCGGCCAUGCAGGGAAGAGAAUCUUUCAACAGAGGAGCCUCACAUGGUGCCACGGCUCGUGUCGCAGGUGGGCAGGCUGCUGGCUGGCCGGGCAGAGCGGGAUGUCAAGAUGAGGCUAUUUCUGUAUAAAGAUGGAAUCGAAAUCUGGGAGCUGGAUGCUGCUGGGAACGAAUUCACCAUCCCCAGCGCCAGGUGGGAAGAUGCAGGAGCCUACAGCUGCCAAUCCCAUGCCCUAUGGGAGCCGCCCAACCGGUCGUACGUCAGUGACAUUGUGCGGAUCAUUGUGGCAGAGACCUACUACCCCAAACCCUCCAUCUCCCUGCGUCCCAGCGGGGGGGUCACCCUGGGGGGAGCCGUGACCAUCCGGUGUCGGGGUCGGCGCCAGAACAUGAGGUUCCUUCUGUACAAAGAUGGAAACCUGACCGUGCUGCAGGACGUGGAGCCGGCUGGGGAUGUGACUCAGUUUCCCAUCCACGAUGUGAGCCGGAGGGACGCAGGGAGCUACAGCUGCUAUUAUCGCUCCAAAUCAGACCCGCCCGUCUGGUCGUACCCCAGCGACCCCGUGGAGCUGGUGGUAGCAGAUCUCCCUGCGCCCGGACCCUCCAUCUCCGUCAGCCCCAGUGGGGUGAUCACCCCGGGGGGAGCUGUCACCAUCCGUUGUCAGUGUUGGUGCAAGACCAGGAGAUUAUUUCUGUACAAAGAUGGAAUCGAAAUCCGGGAGCUGGAUGCUACUGGGGACGGGGGUGAAUUCACCAUCCCCAGAGCCAGAUGGGAGGACGCAGGGUUCUACAGCUGCCGAUCUCGCUCCAGAUUGGAGCCACCCAACUGGUCGGAUCCCAGUGAUUUCGUGCGGAUUGUUGUAUCAGAGCUCAGAUACCCCAAACCUUCCAUCUCCCUGCGCCCCAGCAGGGGGGUCGCCCUGGGGGGAGCCGUGACCGUCUGGUGUCGGGGUCGGCACCAGAACAUGAGGUUCCUUCUGUACAAAUUUGGAAACCCGAAUGUGCUGCAGGACGUGGAGCUGGCUGGGAAUGUGGCUGAGUUUCCCAUUUGCAAUGUGAGCCGGAGAGACGCAGGGAGCUACCGCUGCUGUUAUUGCUCCAAAUCCGACCCGCCCGUCUGGUCAGAGCCCAGCGACCCCAUGGAGCUCGUGAUAGCAGAGGGAACCGACCCAGCGAGGCCCCAGGAGCCGCAUCCCCCUCCGACAGAGCCGGCGGGAGAAGCAGCCCCCCCCAGGCGCCUGGAUUUCACCCAUGCCAACAUCGCCCGCCUGGGGCUGAGCGCCGUGAUCCUGCUCAUCCUGGGGCUGAUCCUGGCCGAGGCCUAUUACAGCCGCCCAAGGGGGCACCCUAGGAGCCUGGAUCUGGCCGUACAGAGAAGAGAAUCUCCCCAGGGAACGAGCCGCUUCCCCUCGGGGGGCUGAGAUGCCUCCACAAAUCCCCCUGCCCCCAAACACCCCUGCCUCACGCAUCCUGCCCCCCAGACUGCUCCCGAUCCGACUGCUGCACCCCAGGAUGGAAGCCCCUUUCUCCCUAGACCUCCCCCGCCCUGCAUUUCCAUUGUAUAAAUCCCCAGAGCUUCCUGCUCCUCUGCCCUGCCCCCCAAAUCUCCCCACCCCAGGGGGGGCUGUGAUACCGGACGCUCCAAAUGUCCCCUCGUGGUGGGUUCAGCUGAGGAAGGUGAGUGAGAAGUUCAGGCAGCGUCACGAGAACCUGGAUGAACGAACGUUGGGGGGAAAGUCGGCGAGGCAGAAAGACGGGAUUAGUCCAACCCGAGCGGCCGCCGGACAGACCCCACGGGCUGGGCUGGGGCCCGCCUGGGACACGGGAGAAAUGGGGGAGCAGAAAUCUGUGACUCAAAACUGGGGCGUUGGAAACAAGGCCUCACUGGUGGAUAAAAUAUUGCAGGGAUGGGCUGUGCCGCUCACCACCCCUUUUAGGGGCACUCAGCUGACUGCUACGAACCCUGCUCCAUGGAGACGUCCUGAGCAGAGCGGCUGGAGAGAGGGACCCCGACGCCAUCGCCCCUUCCCUGGCUGAACCCCCAACCCGGAAGGAAACAGGGUCGGACUUUAACAGCAGCUGCGGCGACGCCAGCUCCAGCCCAGCUCUGCUGGCUCCUCUGCCCCCCCCAGGACAGUUGCUAGUGUCUCUGGGGCCAGCGGGGAGACGCCCAAACCCAGGGGAUUUUCCGGCUAGAGACUCGCUCCA